ACUCAGAAAAAAAAAAUCUCUUAAUAGUAAUACCUACAUAUUUAUUCGAUAUGAGACGGAUAGCUGCGGAGGCAUCGGAGCAAACAGUCGAAGCUAUGGCGAUGCAAGCCGGAGUUGGCUUAUCCAGGAUCUUAAUCUUAGCCGGAGCAGGUUACACUGGUACGAUCAUGAUGAAGAACCGCAAAUUAUCGGAUAUAUUGGGUGAAGUGCAGUCUUUAGUGAAAGGCAUGGAGAGAUCUGAGGGAGAUAAUGAUGAUUCCGAUGCCGUAGCUUCCCAGGUUCGUAGGUUAGCCAUGGAGGUUCGACAGCUAGCUUCAUCCCGGCAGAUAACAGUCAUGGAUGGAGCUUCUGGUGCAAACUUACAAGCUCUUGUUGUUCCUGCUGCGGUAUUGGGAGUUUUAGGGUAUGGUUAUAUGUGGUGGAAGGGACUCUCGUUUACUGAUCUUAUGUACGUGACUAAAGCCAACAUGGCUACUGCCGUGGCUAACUUGACCAAGAAUCUUGAGCAAGUUUCCGUGACCCUAGCGGCUGCUAAAAGGCAUUUAACGCAAAAGAUACAGAGUAUGGAUGAUAAGGUUGAAGACCAGAUUCAUCUCUCCAAGGGAGUCAAGAACGAGGUCACCUUGGUUCGUGAGGAUAUCAACUCACUUGAGAGGGAGUUGGCGUCAUUGAAUAGUUUGAUUAGUGGACUGGAUGGGAAGUUGGACACAUUGGAAUACAAGCAGGAUGUCACAAAUGUUUGCAUGCUACACUUAUAUAACUAUUUUGGAGGCAAGAGCACAGAACUUCCUGACAUGAAGCAACUUCAACUUCCUGUGAACCAGAAAGCUCGUAAUUUACUUGCAGAUGUUGAAACCAAGGGGCUGAAAAACUUUGCUGAAGAAUUGCUUGGAAGCAAUGACACAGAGAGAGGAGCAACCACGGUGAAAAUUAUUGGUAUAACUAAGUCCAAUGACAAGUCGAGGCCAUUGUUAUCAAGGGUUGCUUCAGCUAGGUAUUGAUGUGGAAAGUUUCCUGAUGGCGGUUGGCUUGCAGGAUGUAUAUAACAGCAAACUCUUACUCAUCAAAAUGGUCUCGUGAAAGCUCUCUUAUUAUUUAUUCGUGGCCUUGGUUUGCUUCCCUUCUCGCCAAGUGCACGCACUUAGGUCUUAAUGAUAUUUUAGUUUGUACUUCGGUGGUAUUUAUUUGAACAUCGAGUUUGUUUAUUGACAUGUGAUGCGUCUGCUUUUGGAACUCUUAGCAAUUAAAAUAAAGUUGAUGUGGGGAAUUAUAUUACACACAUAUGAUCAGUGCA